AAAACUGUUUCCACCGACGAAAAUGGAAACCGAAAGAAAUUUGAGGAAAACGACGAUGUUCCUAUUGAUCCUGACCAAUCAACGAUAGGUUUCGCGAGGGAGAGGUUCAAGAAUGGUCAAUUCGUGAGACCUCUGCUACUAGGGCUGUUUGUCCAAAGUUUUGUCCAUCUUGAUGACUGGCUUUGGAUCUCAUACUCAACGCAUAUUUUUGGUAAAUUUGGCAUGACUAUGGGUACUGCGCAGCGAGCAUCGUUAUUUAUGUCAUUGCCUCAAGCUUUUAUAAGUUUAGGUCUUCUGUCAUGUUUCGAAGACUUCACUAGGCGAUCUCUCUUGUUACUGCCAACGCUAUUUAGUGUUUUUAUAGGAAUUUUAGCAAUUUUAGCCGUGAAUUUUGGAAAAGUCCUGGCUGGAAUGCCAGUGGCAUCUACUCUAGCUAUACUUGCUGCAAUGGAUCUCUCUGCUGCUGCCGUCAGUGGUGAAAGCGCGUAUGCUAUCGUUCCAGAGCUUUUCCUUCCCGACGACAAGAUUCUUGGCACAGCAAUCGUCGGUAUAGCUCAGGACGCUAUUUUACCAUUCUAA